AUGGCGAAAGACAAGUCUGAAAAGAAGGAUAAGAAAAAGAAGGAGGAGGCCGUCGAGGAUGUUGAGAUGGACGAUGCAGAGCCUGUAAAGGCUGAGAAGAAGGCGAAGAAGGAAAAGGAGGAGAUUGUUAUCCCAGUGGAAGACCUCUCGCCCAUCGCGCAGCCACUCGCGCAGAAGAAGAUGCUGAAGAAGCUGCACAAGACUAUCAAGAAAGCGUCAAAACAACGGCAAGUGAAGCGGGGUGUGAAGGAGGUCGUGAAAGCCAUCCGAAAGGGCGAGAGAGGACUGCUCGUCCUGGCCGCGGAUAUCACGCCCAUUGACAUCAUCUCACACUUACCGGUCAUGGCAGAGGACGCACAGAUCCCGUACGUGUUCGUGCCCUCGAAGGAGGAGCUGGGGCAUGCGAGCGCGACAAAGCGGCCAACAAGUUGUGUCAUGGUCUGCCCUGACCAGAAGAAGAAGGGAAAGCCAAAAGACGGCGCGGAGGAGAAGGACGACGACUACCGGGAGACGUACGACGAGUGCUGUAAAGAGAUACAGCUCCUGGACCAAAAGCUUGUCUUUUGA